AGGAGUGUCAGACACAGUUUGACUCUGGUGUGAUUGUGAUUCAUUGUUGAUUCCUACAGAUACCAAUAUUUUAAUGGUCAAAAGGCAACCAUUUUCAUGAUCAAAGAAAGAGCCAUACUUUCUACUAAAAAAACAAGCAAGCCAUGGCAGCUCCUGAUUUACAGCCGCGAGCUACAGCCGGAGGAGAUCUGCGCAUGCAUCUACAAGAUGUCGUCCUCCCAUUCGUUGGGAUGCGGCAAAACUUAAGGGCCAUUUUUCUGGGUUUUCUCGGAAUUAUUUCUGACGACUGUAGAGAUAGGGGGGAAUGUGAGACAUAAUGCUCGAAGUUAGCACUACCAUCAAGCUAAGCCUUCUAAAAAAAGUCUGUGCGCCGCAGUUAUUAAUUCUCGAAGAGUAUAUAUUUACGGGUUUGCUCUUGGUGUUUCUGUUUUUUGCCGUUAUUUUUGUUUGAGUUUCUUGAAAAGAAAAGAUCAAAGAUAUCGUUCAAAACGAACACCAACAACCUACCUCUAACAUUUUCAGAGGGUGCACGGUGUUCAUUCGGCCACUGACUGUGACCGAAUAUUCUCGGGACCCGUUCCCCGGUGGCGGACUGCGCCGAGAAAGCAAGGGAGUCAAGUGCUACGGGUUGUGGGCUUUCCCAAGAUCUCCUCCGCGUUUCCAGAACAACUACUAUCCCAGCGUAGAGGAAUUGGAUGCAGCAGUGCAGGAGCUUGACUCUGAUGGUGAUCCGGAAGGUGGUCUUUUUCAAUUAUGAGGCGCUUCUUUUCAUCUCUCAGUCCAGUGCUCGCUUGAAAUUGUCGCCUCCCGGCGUUUUAUGAGUGCUGCGCCGAGAGGAGACUACCCGCAGAAAAUGAUUGACAACGGAGAGGUUGUGAUCAGGGCUUCACCUAUGGCCAGCUUUUAUCCAUCUUUCUUGGCAUCUUGGUCCCCUUUUUUAUUUUGCUUUGUAUUCUCACGUAAAAGAAGGCAGGAGCCAGGGGUUCAGAUGAGGGGGGUCGAGAUGACUAAAAGCUGACUCUAAAUCUCUCGUGAAUCUGCGAACAAGCACGGCAAUAAUAGGCGAUCGCGAGUCCAAGACUCGUGAAAUUAUUAAGACGCGCCUCUAGAAUUACUUAGUUGAGCAGUAGGUGUCGGAGUACGUUCUUUUGCAAUGUUCUCUCUGCUUCAAAUCUUAUUAAGGCGCGCUUGUCUCUGUCUCAUUCACACCUAUCUCUCUUUUCCCAAAAACAUUACUCAAGCCUAUAAUGUCCUGGCACUGAUCUUAUGCUUAACACGUUAUUAAGGCGCGCACCUUUUCCUUUCAAAGUCCACGUUUCGCAGCAUGUUAAAGCUUAGGUUUCCCAAAACAAAGGAAGUACUUAUUUUCAGAUGGAUUUUAGUUAAGUCUAAUCCUAAGGAGCUGCUGCAAAUUAUGGCUGGUUAUGUCGACCUGGACUAGCUCGUAGAUGUUUGCAAGGAAAUGGCGAAAAAGGAGCAACGAUGCGGAGUUGGUGGCUACUGAAAACGAACAAGGCAGAUUUUGUGUGACUGCGUCUUCGAUAGUCGAACUCUUGAUGGCGCGCUUUACUAUUUUUUCGCGUAUCUGCACAAAUUCAGGUUCGUUGUUUCUCCCAUGAUGAUACAAUGCUCUUCUACAAACGAUAAUGAUAUAUUUGCUAUUUUGAUGAAGAUGACAUUUUUCUCGAACACCUACAAUUAUCAUAUGUUUGCAUAUCUUCAAUCUUUCUGUGUCCGCUAUUCAUGCCUGCAACUCUUAUCUUUUUCUUACCAAUUCAGAAUGGCUUUAAUGCAGUGGAGGUAGACUCACCGCUGCAUGGGUAUUUCGUCACUCGUAGUGGGUAUGACACGACGUGGCUGAGUGAUUUGUAGGGCUGUGUGUUUCUUAUGCAUUGCUGGAUAAAAGUGCUUCCUAGUACAUCAAGUCGAAAUUUGUAACUAGGACCACUAUAGUAAGGAUGAAACUCGCGGGCAAGUGAGAUGCCAUUCGUUUCUGCUCACGACGUGAUUUGUAUUCCUGCAGUCCAGGGGC